AUGCACAUUUCAAAAGUGACGGUACUGAAGUUGAACGUGUUAGGCUACGGGACUCUACCUGACCCACCAUAUUCGCCAGACCAUUCGCCAACCGACUAUCACUUUAUCAAACAACUGGACAGCUGCCUAAGAGGAAAGAUCUUUCAAAAGGAAGAUGAUGCCGAAAACGACUUCUGGAUGUUCGUAGACUCCACGAGCUCGGGCUUUUAUGGUGCGGGUAUAAGCAAACGUGUGUCUCGUUCACAAAGAUGUUUGGACUGUAAUGGUUCUUAUUACGAUUUCAAACCGGAGCCGGACCUCAAACUUUCUGUGGUGUUUGCUCCGCUCGCCUUCACUGAUCAACGAAAAUUAAUAUUAGUGUUAUUAGUUCAUGAGAUUGGACUUGUGUAUCUCCAACAAUCUUUCUUCCUUUUUGUAUUAUAA